AAGUAUUAUUUACAUUGAUCAUGACAGGAACGUUUUACAUUGAGAAAUCAGCCAUCCAUGGCUUCUUGUAUCUUUAUUUGUGCCUCUUUUUUGCAUUUCUCAGAAUCAUUUCAGCGCAAGAAUGUGAUCCAAGAAACUGUAAUGGACCGAUAAUGUUCUACAAAGAUUUAAAUUGCAAGCCGAUAUACAAUGAAUUAGAUACUUGCUGUGCUAUUGGAUAUGAUUGUUCUCAUUUAAAUGAAAGAUCGCCCUUUAAAUGUUACGCAAAUAAUAACGAAUAUAGAAUUGGAGAGAAAUUAGAGGCUUACGAUCGCUCCAGUCCUUGCGAUCAAGAUUGCAUCUGUGAAUUUUCAGAUAAUAACAUAGCAAAAUUUAUGUGUACGAAUACGGACUGCUUAAUUGCAAACGUAAGAAACGGAUGUUACUUUAAGCCAAAGCCAAAUACAUGUUGCGAUGGGGAGAUAAUAUGUGUCGAACGAAACGAUGAUAUUGUUACGUGUGAAGUUGAUGGACAAGUUUAUACAGAUGGACAGGAAUUCUAUCCAAGUGAUAAUCCUUAUUUAGUUUGUACAUGCAUGGAAGGUUACUUACGAAAAAGUGUACAUGAAUAUUGUAGGAAUAUAAAAUGUGGAACGGAACUCCGAUACUCCGCGGAAAUUCGGAAAAAUUGUGCGCCCAUAUAUUCUGACUAUCAAUGGGUGCAAACUAGCUGUCCCAUCAAUUACAGAUGUCAAAACGAAAAUGAUCGCGUAUUGAGGUACUCGCUACUACAAGAUAUUUCCGAUUUAAUUUUAGGUGAAUUUGUGUGUGUAUUUGGUGAUAUAUUAAUGCAAAUCGGAGAUGAGUUGAACCAAGCAACCGACUAUAGUUCCAUAUGCGUGAGAUGUGUUUGCGAAGUACCACCCGCACCGACUUGUCAACGACUUUCAAAAAAUGAAUGCAACACGAAGUUUUAAUUAUAUUCUCGAGUU